GCAAGGCGUCCGGAGAACCCAGUAAUCCGAGAACGCAGCAUCAGCCCUUCCCACUAGGCACUUCCUUCCUUUUCCCGAACGUCCAAAGAGGGAGGGCCGCGCAUUUAUAAACUGGAGCCUCAGCUGAGUGGCAUGUCAGAGGCUGCCUCGCAGGGACUACGAGCCUGGGCUAGAAACGUCUAGGCUGUGGCAGAGGCUAACUACCGUCGCCACAGGCGUACGAAACCCCUCUGCCCGGACUGGGUGCCUGCACCAGCGCAGGGCUAGCGUUUCUCGGAGCUUUCACGGUGCACCCCUGGACAGCAUGCUUGGGAUUUUCCUUCUGGGUGUGCUGGCUCCAGCUGGCCUGGGGCUCUCUGCGCUAGCCAAGCUGCAGCCCAAAGUCAGUCAAUGCGUGGAGCACGAGUGCUUCGCGCUUUUCCAGGGCCCCGUGACCUUCCUCGAUGCCAGCCAGGCCUGCCAGCGCCUGCAAGGACAUUUGAUGACAGUGCGCUCCUCAGUGGCUGCCGAUGUCAUCUCCCUUCUGCUGAGCGAGAGCAGUAUGGACUCAAAGCCCUGGAUCGGUUUACAGCUCCCGCAGGGCUGUGGUGACCCGGUGCAUCUCGGGCCCCUGCGCGGCUUCCAGUGGGUUACUGGGGACAACCACACCAGUUACAGCAGGUGGGCGCGGUCCAACGACCAGUCGGCUCCACUCUGUGGCCCGCUGUGUGUCACGGUCUCGACAGCAACAGAAGCUGCACCCGGCGAGCCGGCCUGGGAAGAGAAGCCAUGCGAGACCGAGACCCAGGGUUUUCUCUGCGAGUUUUACUUCCCAGCUUCCUGCAGGCCUCUGACGGUGAAUACCCGCGAUCCUGAGGCUGCCCACAUCUCUAGUACCUACAACACCCCGUUCGGGGUCAGUGGGGCGGACUUUCAGACGCUGCCGGUAGGCAGUUCCGCUGCGGUGGAGCCCCUUGGCUUGGAGCUGGUGUGCAAGGCCCCGCCCGGAACUUCAGAGGGACACUGGGCUCGGGAAGCGACAGGAGCCUGGAACUGCAGCGUGCAGAAUGGUGGCUGCGAGUAUUUGUGCAACGGGAGCACGAACGAACCCAGAUGCCUCUGCCCCAGUGACAUGGACCUGCAGGCCGAUGGACGGUCGUGCGCAAGACCUGUGGUUCAAUCGUGCAACGAACUCUGCGAGCAUUUUUGCGUCAGCAAUGCUGAAGUGCCAGGCUCUUACUACUGUAUGUGUGAGACAGGCUACCAAUUGGCAGCAGACGGACACCGGUGCGAGGACGUGGAUGACUGUAAGCAGGGGCCCAAUCCAUGUCCGCAGCUCUGUGUUAACACCAAGGGCGGCUUCGAAUGCUUCUGCUAUGAUGGCUAUGAGUGGGUGGAUGGAGAGUGCGUGGAGCUCCUGGAUCCGUGUUUCGGAUCUAACUGCGAGUUUCAGUGCCAGCCAGUGAACUCCACGGAUUACCGUUGCAUCUGUGCUGAGGGCUUCGCACCCAAGCCAGAUGAACCACACAAGUGUGAAAUGUUCUGCAAUGAAACUUCGUGCCCAGCAGACUGUGACCCUAACUCCCCUAGCUUUUGUCAGUGCCCUGAAGGCUUCAUCCUGGACGGGGAUUCUAUAUGCACGGACAUUGACGAGUGCGGUCAAGGUGAUUGCUUCCCCAAUGAAUGUCGAAACUUUCCUGGCUCCUAUGAGUGCAUCUGCGGGCCUGACACAGCCUUUGCUGGCCAGAUUAGCAAGGACUGUGACCCUAUCCCUGUUAGGGAAGACACCAAGGACGAGGGGUCGGGGGAACCUCCAGUCAGUCCGACGCCAGGCUCUCCGACAGGCCCCCCUUCUGCAAGGCCAGUGCACUCUGGCGUGCUCAUCGGCAUCUCCAUUGCCUGCCUGUCCCUGGUGGUGGCGCUUUUGGCGCUUCUCUGUCACCUGCGCAAGAAGCAGGGCGCUCCUCGCGCGGAGCUGGACUACAAGUGCGCAUCUUCAGCCAAGGAGGUGGUGCUGCAGCACGUGAGGACUGAUCAGACUCUGCAGAAGUUCUGAGGGAUUUGCUCCAGAGACCCAGGUGGCCUUUGUCUUUCCGGGCUCUGUACCUCUCCUCUCUCUCUCUCUCUUCAGACUCCCAGCUGUGCUCUCUGGCAACUUAAAAGCGUCCUGGCUGGUAUAAUAACCAGAGAAGAGCCCAUCUUCUCAAGACAAGCUAGGGUAGGGAGGACUUGAAGCAGGACAGCCCAGUGUCUUCCAAGUAGAUACUGGGCAACUGGGCGGAGGUGGCAAAUACAGUGAAGAUCCCAAAGUGUCCCAGUCCCUCGCCUCGGGGUGUGGAAUGUGUGGGUGCUGAUUAUAUGUAGGCUUGGAGGUAAACCUUGACCCAUGGGUUGGAGGUGACCCAGAUAUUUAUUUUUUUAAAAAAGUAUUUAGUCUUUUUUUCCCCUUUAGUUUUCUUCUGCUUGUAAGUCUCCAGUCCCGCACCCUUUCUCUGUCCCUACAUUACUUCCCCUCCCCUUCUCUUCUGUCGGUUUCCUCCCCAAACCUGAUCAUACUUUGCCUUUACCCUUGUCUCUAAACUUUUAUGGGAAACAGAAAAGAAACACUAAAAGCAGAAAUUUUUCUUUUUCACUGGCUUUGGCAAUUUAGUCAGAAAUUUCAGGUAACAAGAGCAAAAGAAUUUUAACAAACAUUAAAAUGUUUCAGCUGAACACUAACUAGUUAAAAAUGCUGGAAUGUCACAGAAAUUAAACUCAAGGAAGUAGGCUUUUUUUUUAAUAUUUGUUUUUGAAAUGAUGAGCCUGGGUUUUAUGAUUGUUGCUAUUGUUUUGAUUGAGAAUGACAAAAGAGGUAAUUAUUAUUAAGAUUUGUAUGCAGGCUCCUACAGUGUCAUUUAAUUUUUGGCAGUGUUCAAAAUGUGCAGAGGGUGCUUUGCUCAACCUUUUGACAUUAUAAUAGGACAUUGCCAUCUUCAGACAUAUUGGGCCACAUUCAUAGCUGUCCAAGGAUGCAUGUGGUCCUUAGCCUGGACAUAUCUGAGACUGACAGCUGGAAGCAUCUUCCAGGAAAGCUUCAGUUGUAUGCUUCCUGCCUAGCUGACUCUCAACUGCGAUUGCCACUUGUAGUCCCAAAAUACAAGCCAUGUGCUGCUUAGGGAGACAUGGGAACUUGAGAAUGGAGUCUGGGAAUGCCUGGAUGGGGCUUUGUUUUAAUGAGAUGCUUGAACAAUAUCUUGUACUUCAGAGGGAUCUUCUAGCCCUAGCCACUGGCCUGUACACAAGAAUUGGGACCUCCCUUGGGAUCUGGCUAGAAUUGCCAAAUCCUAACCCCCACCCCCACCCCACCCCACCCCAGUGCGCCAGUUCAUAAGAAGCUGCAUUUUGACAACAUCCACAGGGACACUCUCCAGUCAUUUCAGGACAACUGGUCUAAAGAGUUUCCAACUUCUGGAGAACAUUUAAAUGUUGGUUAAUAAUAAGUAGCAGGCCAUGUUAAGGCCAUUUAUUAUCAAGAAACUGAGGAAUUUUCUCUGCAUAGUUACUUUAUGGAUAAAAUAAAAUAAGCAGGUACACACCUCUAGAUAUUGCCACACAGAGUCAAGAAGGGUUUUGUCUUAAUUAAGCUAAGAAUGAGUUCAUAUGUCAGUAUAAGGAACAAAUGUAUUAUAUGUGUAUCUUUUGUAAAGAAAGUUUUUUCUUUACUGUUUUAUAAGCUCAGCAUAUUUGUACAUAGUUAUUUAUUUAUUGGAGUUUAGCGAGAACACAAGCAAAGCCUUUGCUCAUGACGUCACAUGUACAAAAUAAAUAGAUUACAAUGUGCAGA